AUGGCCUCCUACUACGAGAACCACCCAUACAACACCCAGCACAGACGAGCUCAAACCGCUGAUUAUUACGAGCCGUCCUACACAACCUCCCGCCCCUCUAACAGUCGUUGGGGAGGCCCUACCGAUCUAGUCCGCCCUGACGAGCCCGAGGACUCCCACGUCGAAGAGAUUCAGCGAGAUUUUCCUCCAGGAUCGUACACUGGUAGCCAUCGUACAGACCAUGGCAGAUCAGGCGGCGGUGCCAUCUACGCCAAGCGGAGAACAGCGCAUGACCCUAGUGUGAGGCGUACGCAUUCUGCUGGUGGUCGUGGUCGGGAUCGUCAUGGGGACCACUAUGCUCCAGAUAAAGGUUACCAACGCUCUCGUACACAUGGUUAUGGAAAUCGACGCGAUCAUGAUCGUUACCGUAGUUCCCGACGAUCGAAUUCUCGUUCAUCCACUUCUAGAACGCCGUCUCCAAGACCUAGGCGACGGAAGUCUCUCAGCGAACAAGCCUUGGCUGCUUUUGGCUUGGGAGGGGUUUCCGAGUCGCACUCGUCAAGGCGUCGCGACGACAGCCGCAACUAUGGCUCUAAUCGCGGUUACUAUGACCCUGACUACGAUCCUUCUCGAAGUCGUCGUCGUCGUCGCCAGCGACACUCGUCCCGUUCCCGCUCCCGUUCCCGCUCCCGCAACCGUGACGAUAAGCAAACGGAGCUCGCUCGGACUCUCAGGGCUGCAUUGACAGCCGGCGCAGCGGAGGCUUUCCGCGCCCGUAAGGAGCCUGGAAGCUGGACAGGCGAGAAAGGAAAGCGAGUAUUGACCGCAGCUAUCGGUGCAGGUGGAGCCAACAAACUUAUUGACGGCCACUCAGAUAAACACAGUAAACGCCAUCUCAUCGAGACCACGCUGGCAGGGCUGGCUACCAACCGGGUGGUCAAUGGGCCUCGUUCCCGCUCUCGAUCUCGUGGGCGGGCACGGUCAGAAGGCCGCGGGGCAAAAGAGCUCGCUUCUGCCGGACUCCUGGCAGCUGUCGGGAAAUCUGCAUAUGAUCAUUUUGUUUCAAAGCCCCGAACUCGCGAGCGACGCUCUGCAAAUGAUUCCGAUGAUGACAGCAGCCCGGACCGAUCACGUCGUAGCCGGGGGAGCAAGAAGAGAAGCCAGAGCGUUUCGGAGUAUCUGAGCAAAGGCCUUGCUGCAUUGGGACUGGAAGAAGGAAAGCAGUCUUCCAGCCACAGUAACAGACGUCGUGAAAGACAACGAUAUAACGACGACAGCGACUCAGACAUUGGGAGCUCAGAUAAAAACCGGUCGCGGCGUCGGCGAAGUCAUUCCCGCGACAGCAAUUCCAGAGAUGUAGGUUCCCACUCCGUUUCUUCCUCCUUUUCCUCUUUACGGGACAGGGGUGCCGUGAUUCCUCUCUCUGUUAACAAUGGCAAUGACACUGAUUCUGAAUCCUCCUGCCUCAGCACCGACGAGGAAAAACGCACUCAUAGGAAACUACGACGCCGUGAGAUCGCCACCACCGGGCUCCCAACACUAGCCGCCGUUCAUGCCGGCUAUACUGUCGUCAAGAGUCUCAAGCGCGAGGAACGCAAAGCCCAGCUCCGCCAAGGCGAGAUCAUUUCCGACAAGGCACGCAGGCAGCGCACUAAGAAUAACCUGAAAGACGUGGCGAGCGUCGCCGUAGCAGCGAUUGGGAUCAAGAGUACCGUUGACGAGCGGAGGGAUGCUGCUCAUCACCGCGCGAAAUGUAAUUCGUUCAAGGCCAGGUGUGGGAAAGAGAGGAAGGAAAGGCGUUCGACGAAAGAGCGCGAGGCGAGGAGUUUGAGUGCGGAUGAUCGUGACCAUCGCCUUAGCCAAAAUAAUAAUAAUAAUAACUCACCGUCGCUGGUGAGUGUGAAGGAUGCGCCCAGGUAUAUUCAUGAUGGGAGGGGGAAUUUGUUGCGAUAUUAG